AUGGAAUUUCCCAACGCUGCAACUUUUCCUACCGACACCACCGACACCACCGACACCAUCGAUAACACCAAUAACACCAAUAACACCGACACCACAUUGAAAGAGGUAAAUUAUGGUAAGAAAAGGGAAGUAGUAACACUACGACCCGAGGAGCAACAAGAAGAUAUGAUGAAGAAACGUAACAAAGUUGCCAACCACGUCAAGAAAGAUGUGGAGCAAAACGAUGGCAACUCUAACGAAAGUCAUAGGGUUUGCAAAUUCCUGGUUCAAAAUCUCAAAGCCAGCGGAGAUCGCUACGCCAGCAACGAAUACUCUGUGAGCCUUCUUGUCGGAAAGAAUAGUUUGUACGACUUUGUCCUAAAGGUCUUUGAGAUUUUGCAUGAAGCAAGAUUAACUGACGAUGACUAUUACAGCCACCUAUGGUCCAUUGUCUUCGAUGGCACAGAGUAUCACAAUGGAUGGAGGGCAUGCCCCCCUUGUCUCGGAGCUCCUGGAAGACUAAUUGAUGAACAAGAUGUUCGACCUCUGGACGACCUUGGGCUCCAAGUAGGUCGCAGGGGCAAAUUCAAAGGCCAAUCGGCAAUCUUUGAUUUUACUGUCAAAGAAAUUGACGGAGUGCCCGAACAAGAUGCCCAGUACCCGAAACAUUCUGCAAUCCAAAUUACCUUCUCAUCAGCUCUCUCAGAUGACUGGAUAUCUGAAGCUAAGAAGAAGGCCUGCUUGAAAGCUCGGGACGAUUGGUAUAACUAUUACAAUGACAGUUCCGCUUCCAGCAAGUACAAACAAGAAAUACGGGAGACUAUCGUGAUUGUCAACUGCAAGCCACUAGCACCUGAAUGGACCCGUGAAGAAAUAGAACUCCUAGGCUUGUUGAUGAAUGCAGGACACAAAUUCGGAAAGAGCUGGAAGAUGAUUCUGCAGUAUGGUAUUGUUCGCAGAUCCCAGUCCGCCUCGUCCUAUCAAUGGUACAAGCUUCAGAAAGAAACAUUCAAGACAGAAUGGAUCGGACGAGGAAAAACAGCGGUGGAAAUGAUGCUGCUGGUCAAAAGAUUGGCAAAAGCUCGCGUUGAAAAUAUCCCUGUGCCCCUCUCGCGUACUGAGAUCGCGGAAGAACGAAGAAGACUGACCAGGCGGGUGCAGAUGAACCGCAUGGGAUUUGAAUCGUCAGAUGAUUCAGUUGUUGCCAGAGGGUUGUAUGGGAACCGAAUGGGCGGGCGGCAAGAGAUGUAA